AAUAGUCGCAAAUGUCGCAAGUCGCAAUUUAGAUAUUUUCAAUCACAAUAAUUCAAUGUAGUCAUUGUUAAUCAUUAGUGAUUCAUUUUGUUAGGCUUAGGUUAAUUAAAACAAUGUCUAAAAAUAUAGUUUUCGAGGGGUGGUUGACCAAAUCACCGCCGACAAAACGUAUUUGGAGAACGAAAUGGCGAAGGAGAUGGUUUGCCUUGAGACAUUCUGGAGAACUGCCUGGUCAAUAUUUUUUGGACUAUUAUGCCGAUAGGAACUGCAGGCGCCUCAAGGGCACUAUCAACCUUGAUUUAUGUGAACAGGUUGAUGCAGGGCUUCAUAUGGAACGUAGUGGAAGUGGGUUGUUGGACCCCAAGCUCCGAGGAUCUGUGUUCACUAUCCAGACUCAGUCCAGGACUUAUCACCUCGAAGCAGAUUGCGAAGCUGAAAUGGAAAAGUGGGUUGAUGCAAUAUGUAGCGUGUGUGGCCUAAGAGCUACAGAGGAUACUUCCACUGAGAAUGGUACAUACCAGAACAGCAUGGGUCCCAUGGUUGUGAACGAGCGGUACGAGUGUCCAGAGGGCACAGGGCCGUACAUCCGAAUAUCCGAGUGCGUCACUGGGAUUCGCGCCCAGGAUUCCCGUGCAUUUACGUUUGACCCUCGGAACAUCGUGACGAGCAGCAGGCGGGGGUUCGCCGGGGACAGCCGGGGCAACCAGAUGUAUCUGAGCCAGCCGCUGCGGCACCACAACGCCGACUUCUCCGACGAGUCCAACCUCAGUGAAGACGAGUGCAAGUCCCUCAACGCUAGCCACUCUAACAUUGGAGACUGGUCUGUGACAAAAUCUUUUACCAAAUUGGCGGUCGGCCCUAAGAAAAACGGCAUUCCGGACGAUGGACCACCAGUGCCGCCUCGGCCACCUAAGACAUUAGGAGUCACAUCAAAGAAUAACUUGCAAAAAGAUGCCUACCUUGGACCAAAAUACAACGAACCCAUGGAUUCCAAUGAUAAUGUUUUUAUGCAGUGCACGUUGGGAGUGGCGAGUGGGGUCGGCGCGGCGCGGCGGCGCUCGCCCGCCCGCUUCCCCGCGCCCGCCGCGGUCGCCUCCGACGACGAUGACGAGGAUCUCUCGCCCGGACACCCGUCAAUGCAGUAUUGCAAUGUGAAGUCUCUGCCACCGGCGGUAGACCGCGCGCUUAAACCGCGCCACUCCAGUCACAGCAUAAACCACCUCAACAGCUACUCGGGACAGCCUCUAACGCAAUUCCACCCUGUAGAAGUGAGGGCGGACACGUUGCAGUAUUUAGAUUUGGACCUUCAGACCUCAAAGCCCUCUUCAAAUAAGCCACAACAACAGGUGCCAAGAAAUAAAAUUGACAUAGCGCACGGCAAAUCCCUGUCGGAGGUGGACGCGGAGGUUGACAGCUGUUACAAGACCGUGGAUUUCCUAAAGACGGAGGCGUUCAACAUCACCAUGCAGGACGCCGAGGCCUCGCGGAGCAACCACACGCAGCACCUCAGCCCGGUGGGCCAGCACGGACACUGACCCACGGCCCUCCCUCCGCCCGCUCCUCAGUCGCAUCGACGACCUCGAACCCAAAUGGAAUUCGUUCACGGUAUCCCCUCUCCGGUGGACUCGAUUUGCUACCAGGCGAUAGAUUUCUUCAAGACGGAAGCGCUGUAUAUAACCAUACAGGACACGGAAAACUCUAGGCGGUACCACGUCGAGCCCCCGAGCCCGCUGGGCCAGCACGGCCCUUGACCGGCGCUCGCGGCGGAGCCGCUUACGUGCUGCUGCUAUUUCAACUGCUUCGAACAUUGUGUAAAAGCAUUUCAAACUCGCAGACGUUCUUAACUUUUGAACAUGUGAAUUUCAAAGCUAGAUAU